AUGAAAUUUAUCUUUGGUCUAUUCGCCGUUGCGCAAGGGCGCACCGGCAUUUUAGUGGUCGUUGACCGCUUCAGCAAGAUGGUGCAUCUUGCUCCUGACGCUGCGUCCAAUACCGCAGAGGACACAGCGAAGUUGUUCAUCGACAUCGUUUCCAGACACCAUGGUUUGCCUGAAACGAUUGUCUCUGAUCGGGACUUUCGCUUUACAGCUGGGUUCUGGUCGCAGCUGUAUACCCUUCUAGGCACGCGUCUACUAUUGCCUACGGCUGCUUAUCUUGAGACAUGUGGGCAGACUGAGAGCGCAAAUUGUGUGCUGGAGGACUUCCUACGCAGUUACGCCGCGUCGUUCACGUCAUGGAGUGCGUUUCUCCCCAUAACCGAGUUUGCUAUGAAUAACGCGGUUCAUGCGUCGACCUGCCUUACAACCAUCUUCGUCAACAACGCUCGUUAUCCUCGUCCCCCUGUUCUUCUCGGUCUACCUGAUAUCUCUACUCUUGGUGGGGGAGGGACGCCAGACGAGCUGGCAUGGAGUGACAGUGCACCAGCGACGAUGUCGCCUCCUUGUGACAAGGUGACACUGUAG